AUGGAAGACUUUGGCCCCGUUCCUGAAUCUUUACUUGAUUUCUCACCUCCUCCGAACACUCCUCCUCAUUUUCUCGUACGUCAUGAAGGCCAGAGGUGGGUACGCAAGACGCUCAGGGAUCUGAACCAGCGGUCGCGCUGGCACGACCGCCCGUUCACCUGGGGCUUCACCAUCUUCCGCACCGUCUACACGCCCGAGUCGGAUGAGACGUUUCCUAGAGCUGUCGAGGAACUCAACCAGCUCGCACGCCAGUACGUCUUCGAUGACCUGCGAAGCCGCCGUGAGCCUGGCCAAGAGCCUUUCGAUCCUCGCCCCAAUGAGGAACUUGCCCGACGAUUCUACUGUGAUAUCAUACAAGAUGCCGCGUCGUUGGAUGGAGCAAGCCCUGAUGAAGUGGGCAGACGCUUUGAUGCCUGGGUCGCUGAGCAUCAUCUGCAGCCACCACAACCCGUCAUCAAAAUGGGGCGAUUUUGCGUCUGUAUCAUGCUGGACCAGCAGGGCAUCGACCACUUCCUUCAGGUAAACAGGGCCAAAAGAUCCUUUGACCGCGCCCAGUAUGAUCUUUACGUCAAGGUCGUGACUGAGUUCUCGCACGAGAAUGAAGAAGGGGAAGAUAGGCUCUGGAUGCGAGUUGGUAUUCGCGGGCAGUUGUGGUCAUUUGCUUGGGAUUGGCCUGAUAUGGAUAUUACUGAGAUGGGAGUGGAGGGCGAGACGGAGAGGAUUCGGAACUGGUAUGGUUGGCGUUGUUGA